UGCCCCGCCAAAGCUGGUGCGCCAUACCCUCAGCCACGCCCGCUGCCCUGUAUGGUUACGCCCCCUCCCAAUGGCUAAUGUCUGUCCAAUCACUGACUUCCUUACCCCCGCCCCCAACCAACUGACUUUCUCUGCCUCCAGCGGCUUCCAGAACCUUCGCUAGGUUCCUCCACGUCCAGUCCCGGCCCCUCCCCGUCCCAGCCCCUCUUGCUUCACUGAUUCCUCAGCCACCCUGACAGACUUUGUUCCCUUCUGCCUGUUCUCCGGGGGGGCAUCUUCCUUACUCCUUCACCGACCCCCUUCCCUCCACCAACGGAAGAGGCAGUGAGGACUCAGCUUGCCGGCUUACAACCGUCUGCCCAGUCGCCUCCACCUUGAGACGCAGCUGUCCUGUCUGUGCUGAGGAAACGACACCACUGCCCCCGUGCCCACCAUCUCUGCAGCCACCGCACUGUCACCAUGUCCAACCCUCCUGCCCCCAGUGAGCAACCCAGCCACAGCAGCGGCGCUGGUGCCCCUAGCAUGAGACGUGUCAUGGUGCCACAGCAAGUGGGUCUCAGGAUGGGCAGGGGGGCUCCUCCGGAAUGGGCCCAGGCGGGCGGCAGGAGCAGGGCCACCAGAAGCCAGGACCAGACUGGCGCCUGUAGGUGGCCAUCGCACAGGUUGCGACCCGAAGAGCAGAUGGAGCCCGCUGGGAGUCGCUCGGUGGUGCACUAUCUGCAGCGCCGCUCGGUGGGCGCACGGGGCCGCCCCAGUCUCCAGGCCUUCGGGGACCAGUUGCAGAGAAGUGCAGUAACGAGGCUGCCAGAGCUGCUGACCGAACGCCAGCUGGGCCUGGGCAGCUUGGACAAAGUGUUCGCAUCACAGUGGCUGAAUGACAGGCAGGUGGUGUGUGGCACCAAGUGCAACACGCUUUUCGUGCUGGACGUGCACACGGGCCACAUCGCACCCAUCUCCUUGAUGCAGGACAGGAGGCCCAGAUGGGCCUAUGCACAGUCUGCUUCUGGCAUCCGUGCCAUCGAGCUGAAUCUCUCCAAGACACUGCUGGCCACUGGAGGUGAAAACCCCAACAGCCUAGCGGUCUACCAGCUGCCCUCCCUAGACCCCAUAUGCCUGGGCGACCGCCAUGGACACAACCACGCCAUUACCGCCAUCGCAUGGAUCAGUGACACUGUGGCUGUUAGUGGCUCCUGGGACGGGACCUUGGCUGUAUGGAGAGUGGAUCAUGACAUGUCCAGCGCCAGCUUUCCUAGGUACAAUGAGCAGGGGCUUCCAUUGUAUGCCCACAUGCGUCCCAGAGACAGACUGGUCAUCCCUGGAUCCAGUAUCCACUAUGGCAUCACCAAAGUGCAAGCCCUGGCCUUCAGUGACAAGAGGCAGGAACUGGCAGCAGUGUCCCUGGAUGGCUACUUCCACCUGUGGAGAGCCCAUAACACUCUGUCUAGGCUGCACUCAUUUAGCCUUCCCUUUGACCAACAAAAUAUGUGCCUGACGUACUGCGAUGAGUUUUCCUUGUAUGCAGUGGGCUCACAGUCUCAUGUCUGUUUAUUGGAUCUGCGCCAAGGUCACCUGAAUGCUGAGGUGAGACCCGUGUGUAACAUAGAGGGUGGCAUUGGUGUGCGCUCAAUGACCUCGUACCAGCAUACUAUUACCAUGGGCAUGGGCCAUGGCUGCCUGUUCUUCUUUGACAUCCGUGCUCAGAAGUUCCAGGAGGAGAGGUCUGUCACCAGCCCGGACUCCUUUCCUGAGCCCUCAGGCAGGAAGCUCAGACUCACCUGUGGCAAAGGCUGGCUCAACCCUGAUGAUGCCUGGAUGAACAACUUCCAUGGCAUUGAGGCGCUCCCAUAUGCGGUCUACACCCACUGCUACAACUGGCCUCAGAUGAAGCUCUUCGUAGCUGGAGGACCUCUCGCUUCCGAGUUGCGUGGGCACUAUGCAGGCAUCUGGAGCUAAGGACCGCUGCCUCCUUCUCAAAGUACACACAUUUGUUUUGUUUUUCACUUCUGUGUAACUUUCCUUCUUUAGGUGACGUUCGCAGUUUUCACUCUGUGUCUUUUGUCUUCCAGGUCGAACAGACUCAGGUUUACAAGUGUGCUUUUAAGAGGAGAGAUUGAGAUGCUUGCUCAAUCAAAAGUUGAGUUUAAAUAUUUUA